AAUUUCAUAUUCCCCGUAACUCGCGCGCCGCUGACUUCCCCCGCACUCAAAUCAAUCAAAACUGCAGCGUCGCCGCCCACUAGCCGGCACGUCGAUCCCAACCAAAACCCUUCUCCUCGUCUCGUCCUCGUCUCCACCCCACACAGGCGGAGUGGAAACUACUCUAUACAUCUCGGAGAGCUCCAGGCACCAAGCCAUUGCGUUGGCGAGGAUCGAGAGAAGCUAAUUAAGUACGGUUAGCUAGCGGUGGUAGGCGUCUGCUAGCUGCUAUGGCGGUGGCCGGCGGGUUGGGUCGCCCGGGGCGGCCGACGCGAGGGAACAAACAGAUGCAGAAGACAAUCAACAACGUCAAGAUCACGGUCAUCUGCGGCUUCAUCACCAUCCUCGUCCUCCGCGGCACCGUCGGCAUCGACUUCCUCUCCUUCUCCGGCGGCGGCGGCGGCAGCGAGGCGGCAACCGACGCCCAGGUGUUCGAGGACAUCGAGCGCAUACUCCGCGAGAUCCGCUCCGACUCCGAGCCCGACGAGGAUGACCAGCUCGCCGGCGCGGCGUCGGGCAGCAACUCGACGGCCGUGCGCGUCGAGGAGAUGAGGAACUACACCCUCGGCCCCAGCAUCACGCGGUGGAACGCGCAGCGCCGGCAGUGGAUGUCCCAGAACCCGGGGUUCCCGUCCCGCGACGCGCUGGGCAAGCCCAAGAUCCUGCUGGUGACCGGGUCGCCACCGGGGCCGUGCGACAACCCGGCGGGGGACCACUACCUGCUCAAGUCCACCAAGAACAAGAUCGACUACUGCCGCAUCCACGGCAUCGAGAUCGUGCACAACAUGGCGCACCUCGACCGCGAGCUCUCCGGCUACUGGUCCAAGCUCCCCCUGCUGCGCCGCCUGAUGCUGUCGCACCCGGAGGUGGAGUGGGUGUGGUGGAUGGACAGCGACGCCAUCUUCACCGACAUGGCAUUCGAGCUCCCGCUCGCCCGCUACGUCGCCAGCAACCUCGUCAUCCACGGCUACGAGGACCUCCUCUGGAAGCAGCGCUCCUGGAUCGCCCUCAACACCGGCAGCUUCCUGCUGCGCAACUGCCAGUGGUCCAUGGAGCUGCUCGACGCGUGGGCGCCCAUGGGGCCCAAGGGCAGCGUCCGCGAGGCCGCCGGGAAGGUGCUGACGGCGAGCCUGACGGGCCGGCCGGCGUUUGAGGCCGACGACCAGUCGGCGCUCAUCCACCUUCUGCUCACGCAGAAGGAGCGCUGGAUGGAGAAGGUGUACGUGGAGAACAAGUACUUCCUGCACGGAUUCUGGGCGGGGCUGGUGGACAGGUACGAGGAGAUGAUGGAGAAGCACCACCCGGGGCUCGGCGACGAGCGCUGGCCCUUCGUCACCCACUUCGUCGGAUGCAAGCCCUGCGGCAGCUACGGCGACUACCCCGUGGAGCAGUGCCUCGGCGGGAUGGAGCGCGCCUUCAACUUCGCCGACAACCAGGUGCUCAGGCUCUACGGCUUCCGGCACCGCUCGCUGGCCAGCCCCAAGGUGAAGUCCGUCGCCAACAGGACGGCGACCCCGCUCGAGGCCAAGGAGGCGGCCCUCAACAUGACCACCAAGAUCGAGACUUGAUUAUUGGCUAUAUAUCGUCGUUCGUCCGUCCCCACGAAAGAAUUUUGAGAGGUUUUGCUGUUCGAGUUCCAAGUUACUAGACCAGGAAGUUAUAGCAUUUGACAUGUCACACCGUACUACCUUUUGUUGUUUCAAUUGAAUACAGGAAAGGAGAAAUAGAGUUACUGCAGCAAGUGAACCUGCUGAUUAUUAGUAGUUUCUUAAUUUGUUGGAUGGG